GGAAAAAUUAGAGAAGGAAAAAAAGAAAAUGCAAUUUGAGACAUUGCGCCAGGUCUGCAAUUCUGUUUUAUCUCAUUUUCAUGGGGUUUUUUCAUCCCCCCCAAAUAUUUUACAAAAUGAGCUUUUUGGACAAACGCUGAACAAUGCAAGGAAAAGAAGUCCAUCAGUGUCCAGAGAUCAGAAUAGAAGAUACGACCAAAGGGAAGAAAGAGAGGAAUAUUCACAACAGUAUGCGCCUUCAGAUAGCGCAAUGCCUAGAUCUCCAUCAGAUUAUGCUGAUAGGCAGUCUCAACAUGAAUCUCAGUUUUAUGAAGAAUCUGAUGAUGUGAGUUAUAGGGACUCCAACAGGAGAAGUCAUAGGCGUUCCAAAGAGUAUAUUGUAGAUGAGGAGGAGGAUGUGGAGAGCAGAGAUGAAUAUGAAAGACAAAGAAGAGAGGAGGAGUACCAGGCACGCUACCGAAGCGAUCCAAAUUUGGCCCGUUAUCCAGUAAAGCCCCAGCCCUAUGAAGAACAAAUGCGUAUCCAUGCCGAAGUGUCCCGAGCUCGGCAUGAGAGAAGACAUAGUGAUGUUUCUCUGGCAAAUGCUGAACUGGAAGAUUCCAGGAUUUCUACGCUAAGGAUGGAACGACCAUCAAGGCAAAGAUCUAUAUCUGAACGGAGAGCCGCCAUGGAAAAUCAGCGAUCUUACUCAAUGGAAAGAACUCGAGAGGCUCAGGAACCAGGUUCUUAUCCACAAAGGACCACAAACCGUAGUCCUCCUACCCCUCGGAGGAGUCCAAUACCCAUUGAUAGACCAGACAUGAGGCGUACUGACUCAUUAAGGAAACAACACCACUUAGAUCCCAGCUCUGCUGUAAGGAAAACGAAACGGGAAAAAAUGGAAACGAUGUUAAGGAAUGACUCUCUCAGUUCAGACCAGUCAGAGUCAGUAAGACCCCCACCACCAAAGCCUCAUAAAUCAAAGAAAGGAGGUAAACUGCGCCAAGUUUCAUUGAGCAGUUCAGAGGAGGAAUUAGCUUCCACGCCUGAAUAUACAAGCUGUGAUGAUGUUGAGAUUGAAAGUGAGAGUGUAAGUGAAAAAGGAGACAUGGAUUACAACUGGUUGGACCAUACGUCUUGGCAUAGCAGUGAGGCAUCCCCAAUGUCUUUGCAUCCUGUGACCUGGCAGCCAUCUAAAGAUGGAGAUUGUUUAAUUGGCCGCAUUUUAUUAAAUAAACGUCUAAAAGAUGGAAGUGUACCUCGAGACUCAGGAGCAAUGCUUGGCUUAAAGGUUGUAGGAGGAAAGAUGACUGAAUCAGGUCGGCUUUGUGCAUUUAUUACCAAAGUAAAAAAAGGAAGUUUAGCUGAUACUGUAGGUCAUCUUAGACCAGGUGAUGAAGUGUUAGAAUGGAACGGAAGGCUGUUGCAAGGAGCCACAUUUGAAGAAGUAUACAACAUCAUUCUGGAAUCCAAACCUGAACCACAAGUGGAGCUUGUUGUUUCAAGACCUAUUGGAGAUAUACCUAGAAUACCUGACAGCACACAUGCACAACUGGAAUCUAGUUCUAGCUCAUUUGAAUCUCAAAAAAUGGACCGUCCUUCUAUUUCCGUUACCUCUCCCAUGAGUCCUGGCAUGUUGAGGGAUGUUCCACAGUUCUUAUCUGGACAACUUUCAAUAAAACUGUGGUUUGACAAGGUUGGUCACCAAUUAAUAGUUACAAUUUUGGGAGCAAAGGAUCUCCUUUCCAGGGAAGAUGGGAGGCCAAGGAAUCCUUACGUUAAAAUUUACUUUCUUCCAGACAGAAGUGAUAAAAACAAGAGAAGAACUAAAACAGUAAAGAAAACAUUGGAACCCAAAUGGAACCAAACAUUCAUUUAUUCUCCAGUCCACCGAAGAGAAUUUCGAGAACGAAUGCUUGAGAUUACCCUUUGGGAUCAAGCUCGAGUUCGAGAGGAAGAAAGUGAAUUUUUAGGAGAGAUUUUAAUUGAAUUAGAAACAGCAUUAUUAGAUGAUGAGCCACAUUGGUACAAACUUCAGACCCAUGAUGUCUCUUCAUUGCCACUUCCCCACCCUUCUCCUUACAUGCCACGAAGACAACUUCAUGGAGAGAGCCCAACACGAAGGUUGCAAAGGUCAAAAAGAAUAAGUGAUAGUGAAGUCUCUGACUAUGACUGUGAUGAUGGAAUUGGUGUGAUAACUUUAAUUUUAAUCUUUCCCCUUUUAGAUUAUCGACACAAUGGUCGAGAUCUUCAGAGCUCAACAUUAUCAGUGCCAGAACAAGUAAUGUCAUCAAACCAUUGUUCACCAUCAGGGUCUCCCCACCGAGUAGAUGUAAUAGGAAGGACUAGAUCAUGGUCACCCAGUGUCCCUCCUCCACAAAGUCGGAAUGUGGAACAGGGACUUCGAGGGACACGCUCUUCUACUGGACAUUAUAAUACAAUUAGCCGAAUGGAUAGACAUCGUGUCAUGGAUGACCAUUAUUCUCCAGACAGAGACAGGGAUUGUGAAGCAGCAGAUAGACAGCCAUAUCACAGAUCCAGACCAACAGAACAACGGCCUCUCCUAGAGCGGACCACCACCCGCUCCAGAUCCACUGACCGUCCUGAUACAAACCUCAUGAGGUCGAUGCCGUCAUUAAUGACCGGAAGAUCUGCCCCUCCUUCACCUGCCUUAUCGAGGUCUCAUCCUCGUACUGGGUCUGUCCAAACAAGCCCAUCAAGUACUCCAGUGGCAGGACGAAGGGGCCGACAGCUUCCACAGCUUCCACCAAAGGGAACGUUGGAGAGAAACAAUGGAGUCAAGGAGAUAGAAUCUUAUGAAGGUGCUAUGGAUAUAGAGGAGAGAAAUCGCCAAAUGAAAAUUAACAAAUACAAACAGGUAGCCGGAUCAGAUCCCAGACUGGAACAAGAUUACCAUUUGAAGCAUCGAUCAGGAUGGGAUCCUCAUAGAGGGGCAGAUAAUAUUUCCACUAAAUCUUCGGACAGUGAUGUAAGUGAUAUAUCUGCGGUUUCAAGAACUAGUAGUGCUUCUCGUUUCAGCAGCGCAAGCUACAUGUCUGUCCAAUCAGAACGACCAAGAGGAAACAAGAAAAUCAGUGUCUUUACAUCCAAAAUGCAAAGCAGACAAAUGGGCAUCUCAGGGAAGAACAUGACUAAAAGCACCAGCAUCAGUGGAGACAUGUGCUCACUAGAGAAGAAUGACGGCAGCCAGUCGGACACUGCAGUGGGCGCCUUGGGCAGCGGCGGCAAAAAGCGGCGCUCUAGCAUUGGGGCCAAAAUGGUAGCUAUUGUUGGUCUCUCACGGAAAAGUCGCAGCGCUUCUCAGCUCAGCCAAACGGAAGCAGGAGGUAAAAAGCUACGGAGCACUGUCCAGAGAAGUACAGAGACAGGUCUGGCAGUGGAAAUGAGGAACUGGAUGACUCGACAGGCGAGCCGAGAGUCUACCGAUGGCAGCAUGAACAGCUAUAGUUCAGAAGGAAAUCUGAUUUUCCCUGGCGUCCGCUUGGCCUCUGAUAGCCAAUUCAGUGAUUUUUUGGAUGGCCUUGGCCCUGCCCAGCUAGUGGGGCGCCAGACUCUGGCUACACCUGCAAUGGGUGACAUUCAAGUAGGAAUGAUGGACAAAAAAGGACAGCUGGAGGUGGAAAUCAUUCGGGCCCGCGGCCUUGUUGUCAAACCAGGUUCUAAGACACUGCCAGCACCAUAUGUAAAGGUGUAUCUACUGGAUAAUGGAGUCUGCAUAGCCAAAAAGAAAACAAAAGUAGCAAGGAAAACGCUGGAACCCCUUUACCAGCAGCUAUUAUCAUUUGAAGAAAGCCCUCAAGGAAAGGUUUUACAGAUCAUUGUCUGGGGAGAUUAUGGCCGCAUGGAUCACAAGUCCUUUAUGGGAGUGGCCCAGAUACUUUUAGAUGAACUGGAGCUAUCCAAUAUGGUGAUUGGAUGGUUCAAACUUUUUCCCCCUUCUUCCCUAGUAGAUCCAACCUUGGCGCCUCUGACAAGAAGAGCUUCCCAAUCGUCUCUGGAAAGCUCAACCGGACCUUCUUAUUCUCGUUCAUAGCGGCUGUAAAACUGUUGUCUUAGCAACCAGCGUUACAAAAAAAGAAAAAAACACCCACAGGUCGCAAACCCUGGUAACACUGCAUGCUUACUGUUGUGUCUCCUGAGCCUGUUUCUAGGGAUACAAAGCGAUCCUGUGUUCUCAGAGGAAGUUGCACACAUUGUGCCCUAACGAAGGCCCUCAGGUGAAAGAGCAAAGCAAUGAAGAAUUAUCGGGUUUGGAGUUCAGUGACACUCGAGUUGUGGUCCAAUCUGAAGCCAUGGAUUAAUUAAAGAAUCAGCUAGUUUCAUGCAACAAUUGCCCUUUUCAACGGGACCUUUAUAUUUUUAUUGUUCCUUUUUCUUCAUUUCUCUGACCCCAAAGCCCUGUUAUGCCACAGAAAUGGAGCUAUACAGCCAUUAAGCCAUGUUACAAGUCAAGGAGUGAAGUUCUAGAAGCAUCAGGUGAAAAGCAAGAGACCAAAGAAGUGGUCCAGAACAAAACACCAGACCCCCUCUGGACAGUUACCAGGAGCAGUCCGGCGCAAAUAGCAGUGACUCUGUAGCUCCAGGAGGCACAUCACUUACAGUGCCAAGAUGUGUAAAAGGACUCUGAAAAACAAGAUUCUGUGGCUACACUGUACGGAAUGAAAUUAAAGAGACUUUUUUUUGCAUGGACACAGAUUAGCUGAAUACUUAAAUUAUUUUCUUGGGGCUGCAACUUGCAAAAAAUAAAAUAAAAAUCAGCCAUUUUCAACAGUUUAUAUUAUUUUUAAAAAUAAAUUUCACUAGUGCAUGGUUUUAAAAUGGGGAGAGAAUGCAACAGGGUGAUACAAAGAUACACCAUGUUUAUUCUUUAAUCACAGUCUGUGUUUUGGCAGACAUUACAAAUGAAAAUCCUUUCUAGAAGAUACUUAAAUUUCUCUUUAUGUGACAAAUACAUAUAAUGUACUCGAUUUAUUUCCAUGUUAAAUAUAUAAAUCUUAUGAAGUUCAAUAUCAUGUGCAAAUUGUUCACACCUCUCUUCCUCUUCUCUGUCUCGCCAUUCCUCUUCGCCCUCUUUUAAUCUUUCAUUUUACUUCUCCCCAGCAGAGUGAACUAAAAAAUUGCAAAGUUUUGACCUGGUAUUCUCUUAUAUCCCAUGUUUGAUUCAGGGCUGUUGAUGCUUCUGAAUUUCCGAAUUUCUCACGGGGGAAAAAAAAAAGUAAGAGCUUUCUUUAUUUCAAGCAUGUUGAAAAGGAUUUUGCAACAUGACUUGGGAGUAUGUUAAAGUAAGUCAGCAUGUAUUUGAUAAAGAAGAUAUUUGAACUUUUGCAAUUUAUUGUACAAUGCAUGGUAAUUUUUUUUUUCACCUUCAAAAUUCAGUUCUACAGGAAAAUUCUAAAAUCAUGUGGCCAUUGUAAUGCCUGAUAAAUUUAUUUUCAGCACCAGCAUUAUUCAUACAGGGGUUCAAGUAUUAUU